UCCCCGUGCCGCCCCAACGCCUCGCUGGCCGCGCACCCAGACUUCGCUGCGCAGCCGGAGCACGUCCGCAACUUCCUGCUGUACCGCCACUGCCGAGCCUUCCCUGAGCUGCGCGCGCCGCCCGCCGCCAAGUGCGCGGGGCCCGUGUUCCUGCUGCUCGCCAUCAAGUCCUCGCCUGCCAACUACGAGCGCAGGGACGUGGUGCGGCGCACGUGGGGCCGCGAGCGGCUGGUGCAGGGCGCCGCGCUGAGGCGCCUCUUCCUGGUGGGCACCGCCGCCAACCCGCACGAGGCCGCCAAGGUGAACCGGCUGCUGGCCCUGGAGGCCAGGGAGCACGGGGACAUCCUGCAGUGGGAUUUCCACGACUCUUUCUUCAACCUCACACUGAAGCAGGUGCUGUUCCUGGAGUGGCUGAAAGCCCAGUGCCCCAACACCAGCUUCCUGCUCAAUGGGGACGAUGACGUCUUUGCACACACGGACAACAUGGUCACCUUCCUGCGCGACCAAGACCCCGAGCGGCACCUGUUCGUGGGGCACCUGAUCCAAGGCGUGGGCCCCAUUCGCGCGCCCUGGAGCAAGUACUUCGUGCCCCGCCUAGUGACCGAGGCCGAGCAGUACCCGCCCUACUGCGGCGGGGGCGGCUUCCUGCUGUCCCGCUUCACAGCCCAAGCCCUACAGCGCGCGGCGCCCGCCCUGGACCUGCUGCCCAUCGACGACGUCUUCCUGGGCCAGUGCCUGCAGCACCAGGGCCUGCGCCCCGCCUCACACAGCGGCGUGCACACGGCCGGCCUGCAGGCGCCCUCAGCCCGCCUGUCCUCCUUCGACCCCUGCUACUACCGAGAGCUGCUGCUGGUGCACCGCUUCCGGCCCUACGAGAUGCUGCUCAUGUGGGACGCGCUGAACCAGCCCGACCUGGUCUGCGGACACCAGACUCGUGUCUACUGAGGCCGCC